AUGGCUGAGAAUCAAAGCCACUUGCCCUCUCUGUCAAUCACUGCACCAAGAAGGAAAGGUAUAUGCUUAGUGUGUCAACGCGGAUGUAAGAUAGACUUCUAUAGCUUUUUGAUCGGAAAGAAACCAAAAAGUGAUCAAUAUGUGGAGAGCUCUUUGUUGACCGAGAGUGAACACAUGAUCGACAUCUCAAACGAUGGUAGUUCUUCAUCAAGUGAUGAUGAUCAGCAACCAGACGAGGUUGUUGAAUCGUGUAAUGAUCCGUACACAAGUGAAAGUGUUUGGAAUUCGAUAGAGUUUGUUGUGACUUUGGUCCUGAUUGCUGCAGCCAUUAUUGUUCUGAUCCAGCCAAGAGAUGAAGACCACAAACAAAUACUAUUGUUCAUAUGGAUCAUCGUUUAUACUUGUGGCUGUGUUGCCACUCUUCCUAUCCUAUGUUGGCGAUUUUGGCAUUAUAACCGGAGUGUUGACCUCGAUUCUACAGAAGAAUACGCAAGAGAGAUAAAAAUCAACAAGGAUAUGGACUUUUUUAUGACUGUUUUCUUCGUGGGUUGGUUUGUGGUGUUGCUAUGGAUUUGUUCUUUUACGGCAUUCGACUCAUCGGCUCUAGAUGAUACUACUCUUCAAUUCUUCUGGUUAUGUGUGGCUCUCCUUACUUUCAGUUGCAUUAGAUAUGUUUUUCUGAAUCUAACAUUGGCAAUGGUCUUUUACACCACUCCUCUUCUCUUACUCACCCCUUUAGUCGUAUGUGUUCUUCUUGCUUUGGAAAUCGUCAAAGGCAUUCUAUCAUUCAUUGUAUCAUGCUUCUGA